UCUUUGCUCGCGAAUGAUAAACAAUAACCCUAGCAGCACAGACUAUCGAAAAUAUAUGGAUCCUAUAGAAAGUAUAAUAGGACCAAUUGUUCCUCACGAGGGGACCCAUAGAUUUGCAUUCGGUGCUGUUAAUUAACCUUCGAUAAUCUUUAUAUUUUCUUAAGUGUGAGAGUAGAACCAUUUGUUUCUUUCCACUCCAAGUGCAUUACCGUUCUCUGUUUACAAGUUCUUUCUUGAUAUUCUACUCACUGAUAAUGAAAUACUGACUUCACCCUGAUAAUAAGCCUGUUUUAACGGGGUGCAUGGCCCGUUCAUUUCGCCCCACAGUCGGAGUCAAAUCGUCCCACGUACUAUGUCCACAUAGUCGUCCAUACUCUGAAAGCCGAAUCGUCUGGGACAAAAUUACCGGUGAUCAUAGCAAUAGCUAUAAAAUUGUUACUGAAAUAGUUACUGAUUCAUGCGAGCUUAAAAUGAGAAUUCUACAGAGGAGAGUGUUAUUUUUAUUAUAUGUCCUUUUAAGGACAGGUACUUUGGGUUCGAGUGUGACUGUAAUAAUAUCAACUGAAGGUACAUGUGUACCAUCUUGCGGUAUCGUGCCAUUGGCUAAGGGUACAGACUUACCCUCGAUUCGUCAUAACGGUACCUUAUCCUCGUACCCUGACAACUUUUACACUAAAAUAAAUUUGCCGCAUGUCGACAAUUUUUGUCAGGCCUAAUAAGGCUAUAGUGUAAUCAAGGUGAAGGUCUCACUUUGCUCCAUAUAUGAGGCAGGCAAGCAGUUCAAACAUUCCUAUUUCUCUCCACGCCCUUCGAAUGUGUUGUUUAUACAGUGGUCCGUUUGCCGCCAGCUGAAGGUGUUGAGACAGUUCAACCUAUCGAGAAGAUUUAACAGCUACAAGAAGCACUUGUUCUCUCCACAGUUCUUAAUACAAGCUUCUGUGACUGUCUAGAACACACAUUAUGGCGAAUACAGAAGCAGGAUGGUUAUCACUGACCACUUGUCUGGUUGUUGGUGUUGGAACACUCACAGCGUUAUGGCUUUGGCGCACUUGUCAAGUGCUGAUGACUUUUAAACGGAUGGGUGUCCCUGGUCCGACGCCUAUUCCUGUUUUUGGAAACAUGUUGUUCAUGUUCAAGCAGGGACUUAACACCUUUCCAAUUUUGAACAAACAGUAUGGCAAAAUAUAUGGUGUCUUCAUGCCUUCACCAGUUCUAAUUAUCAACGACCUUGAUCUGAUCAAAGAUGUUGCAAUCAAACAGUUUCAGUCAUUUCCCAACAGACAGAUACCAAACAUCUUCAAGGUCAAGCCAUGGAAUGCCAAUUUACUUUCUGUAAGAGGUGACCAGUGGAAGCAUGUGCGUGGAAUACUUUCUCCAACCUUCAGUUCAGGCAAACUCAAAAAGAUGGUACCUGCAGUACAAAGAGUGGUGUCUAAUCUUGUCAACAAUGUAACAGAAAAAGCCAAGACUGGAGAAAUGAUUGAACUGAAAGAAUUUUGUGGAUGGUUUGCUAUGGAUGUUAUUGCCGGUGUAGUAUUUGGACUUCAGGUGGAUUCAUUGCAGAACCCUAAAGAUCCAUUUGUUUACCAUGCUCGAAAUGUGCUCUAUGGGAGGCAGUGGGUGCUACCAUUGUAUGAGACUUUGCCAUUUCUUUCAACGCUGCUAAACAAGAUUGGUUUGACGUUUUCUCCAAAAGAGUCCACAGACUUUUUCUACAAUGUCACAGAGGCCGCUCUAAAGGAAAGGCGGCAAGAGAAAGAGAGAUUCAGUGACUUUCUUCAGUUGCUUGUAGAAGCAGAGAAAGAACAAGAGGCUCAACAAGAGGUUGAUGCUGAGAUUGACCACAGAUCACAGCUACACACUUCUUCCCAGUGGACUCGCAAAGGUCUGUCACGAGAAGAAGUUCACAGCAAUGCCCUAACCUUUUUUAGUGCUGGUCAUGACACAGUUUCUACGGCUAUGUCCUACACUUUAUUUUGCCUGGCAGCCAAUCCAGAAUGUCUUCACAAGGCACAACAGGAAGUCGAUGACAAGCUUGGGAAGAAACCUGCUGAUUACUCUACUGCAAACGAACUGGUGUACCUUGACAUGUGCCUAAAUGAAGCACUUAGAAUGUUUCCUCCAGGAUUCUAUACAAUGAGGGAGAGCAUUGAGGAUACUGAAGUAGGAGGUUACAAGGUGCCUAAAGGAAUGCGAGCUAUAUUCCCAUUUUAUGCCAUCCAUAUUGAUCCUGAGAUCUGGCCUAACCCCACCAAGUAUGACCCAGAAAGACACACACCUGAGGCACGUGCAACCCGGCAUCCAUGCAGUUUCUUGCCUUUUGGCAUUGGUCCCCGCAACUGUAUCGGCAUGAGACUGGCGCAGCUGGAGCUCCGCAUGGCUCUGGCAGCUGUCUUACAAAGAGUCACUCCAGUUUUAUGUGAGAAGUCAGUGUAUCCUCCCAAGAGUUUUGAGUUUGGUCGCAUCACUAGCACUGAUGGUGUCUGGGUGAAAUUCCAACUCCGUGACUAAGAUGAUGGUAAGAGUCAUUACAAGGGACCAGACUCUAAAGAUGACUCAAGCAGAGUGAUGAGAUGAUUCAAGGUAGUGACAAAACAUGAAUAUUUGACAUUUAUGUCUUUCAAGAACUGGGUGUGUACUGAGUUUCAGUAAUAAUAAUAAAUGCAAAAUUUGUAAAGAGCAUACUCACACUCCUAAGGAGUCACAAUCAACAUAGCUUGAAGUCAUUAGCCUAGGUAAAGAUUGAUUAUGCUUUAAAAAAAUAUAUAUAUUUUUGUGAAGUUGAAACUUGUAAAUGGCACAUAAAGCUUCUUUGUAUUUCUAUCAUUCCAGGUAUUUGAUGUAGAAUAUGUGCUUGGUUGUUGUUGUUUUUUUUGUGACUGUAAGAGAUGUGUGAAGGUUUGUUCCUCUUUCAAUCCUUGUUUGUAAAGAUCAUCAAAACAGCAAUUGGACAAAAGACAUAGAUUUAUGAGCCUUCUAAUAUCAGAUAUUUAAUUGAUUUUCAUCUUUUGUUCUCUUGGAGAUGCAUGUCAACUGUUUAUGCAGUUUUGAGGUUUUCAAAAAGUCUUUCAGGCUCUUUUAGCCUGCUACACGAUUAUCUUAUUGUGGACCACAACUAUUAAUAUCAUCUUCCAUAUUUUGCUUAAUCAUAGUAUCAGUUAAAGUCUCAUUACAGUCUGUGAUAUUGUUGUAUUUCUACUUUUAUUCAUGAAGGCACAUAAAAAUUGUAUCCCUUAUAAUCAUCCUUUUUUCAGCUUUAAGAUAAUAAUAAUCCUAGCUGUCAGUAAUGUAAUCUGAAGAAGCUUUACUUUUUUAAAGACUUUAUUUAAGUUUAUCAAUUGCAUCUGAAACUUGUUUGCAGUCAAAGUUUACAAUAAAGUUUGCUUUUUGUCAAAAAAAGUUUUACUAGAGAUUGAACCAAAAUAAAGCAGUCUCACUUUCUCAGA